UCCAAACCUAAAUCUUUAUCCCGCCCCUUUCUCCUCGCGGUCAUCUCUCUCGCGUAAACCUAAACCUAAAACCUCCGACCAUCCGACCAUCUCUCUCGUGUGGGUCCCUUUCUGAAGAAGCAUCUCAUCUCUCUCCCUGUUUCCGCUCGCUCGCUCUCCUGGCGUGAUCUCUCCAGCCUCCUUUCUCUUCUCCGAUAUCCAGCUAUGGAUCUGGUGGCCCCAAUCGCCGUGCUCCUCGUCGCCACGGCGGUGACCUUGGGGACGGAGGCCUCGAUCCACGCCUACGACCUCGAGCCCUUCAGGGAGGUAGGGAACGCGCUCCUCCUCUCCGGCGGCAGCGAGGGCAUCGUCGCGUCCCGCCUCGACGCCCUUGGUCCCCUACGGAUCCGAGAUGGCCACAUCGCACCCUUAGCCAGUGAUAUCGUAGGCCAGUCUCUUCUCCCAGCCGCCCUCCGUCGGUACAGGUCAGGCCUCUCUUCUCGCGACCUCUGGUCUGCCGAUCUUCACCCAUGACGGUCGGCCGGUGCCACCACGCCACUAUCUUCUCAGUGGACAAUGCCCACGACAACCCUUCAUCUCUGGCGCAUCGUCCCAUGGCUAAGGCUCCUGUCGGCGGUACAAGAAGGGGAAGGCAAGUAUAUUUCCUUUUAGGUAUUGAUGAGUGCUUCUUUUCGUAAGCUAGCAGGAAGAUUCAAAGGUUGUCCCUGGUUCUGCGCAAGGGUUUUGUUCGAUCUCUUGAUCCGGAUUUGGGUGAUUGUGUUUGGUUUUCGGUGAUGACUUUGUGUUUUUGAAUUAGUUUUGAUUUUGUGGAAUGGAUUCCGGGAGAAAGUUAACUAAUUUUGUUUUCUUGCCUUGUUCUUCAAGAAGAUUUCUAAAUGUGGAAUGGUUGUGGUUUCAAUGAAAUUAUGUUUUCCUCAAGCUAUUUGAGAUGCAGUGAACCAGAUUUUGGUGGUGGUGUUCUGGUUUUAUUUUUGUGAUCUUGUCUUGAGAGGAUUUGACUCUUGGGAUUGAUUUAGAUGGAGGUGCAAUAGCUUUGUAUUGAGUUCUUGCUCUUGUGAUGUUUUUUUUUUUCUAAUUCUCGGGGCUGAUUCGAGGGUGUGCUUAGUUCUGCUUCGGGUUUUAAUGCAGAAUGGGGGAGUGGAACUUGAGUUCUAAUGUGUUCUAGUUUCCUUCCAUAGCUUUGGAUUUCUUCUUAGAAGUUUUUCUUGAGUUGAAUUCAAAGUUGUGUUCGUCACCACAUGCUAGAUAAAUUUUGUUGGGCAGAUUUGGUAGAUUGUAGAUCUGUUUCCAUUAUAAAUCUCGUUUUUCAAUAUAGCCGUGAAAUUUGGAAUAUAUUUAAAGGUGGUGAAGUGAUUCCGAUGUUAUUCUUACCUUGAUGAGAUGGCUAUUUGAGAUGCAGUGGACUAGAUUCUGGUGGUGGUGUUCUGGUUUUAUUUUUGUGAUCUUGUCUUGAGAGGAUUCAGCUCUUGGGAUUGAUAUAGAUGGAGGUGCAAUGAAUUUGCAUUGAGUUCUUGCUCUUAUGAUGUUUUUUUUAUGAUUCUCGAGGCUGAUUUGAGGGUGUGCUUAGUUAUGUUUUGGGUUUUGACACCUGGGGUUGGCUCCGGAUAUUCUAGACAGAUUCAGGAUUUGAAGUUCGCAUUUGAUGAAGUUCUUCUUCUACAGUUUGGUUUCGGAAUUGUGUUAUGAAUUUGGUGAGUCUUUGAAUGGGUUUCAAUGUGGAAUUUAUUUCUCCUUGAUGUUGAAUUUCUGGCCAAAAGUUGGUGAGUUAUUGAAUGGGUUUCAAUGUGGGAUUUGCUUCUCCUUGAUGUGGAAUUUCUAGUUAGAAUUUGGAAUCGAAGACCCAGCUUCUCAUUUGGUGUCAUGCUAAAAAUAUUCAUUCUUGCUAUGUUGGGUAUAACAAUUCAGCAAAAUGUAUACUACGUUAGACUCCAUCUCAUUUCUCCAAGUGUUGCCAGUGCCUUGGGCAAUGUCAUUCCUGCUUUUACUUUCUUAUUGGCAAUUGUACUGAGGAUGGAAAAGCUCAACUUGAAGACUGUAAGAGGGAGGGCCAAGCUUGCAGGGGCCAUCUUCUGCAUCACUGGUUCCCUGAUCUUCACAUUUUGGAAAGUUCAUUUUGUUGGGGGCCUUUGUUACUUCACCUAUGAUCCAACUUCAUUUCGAAAGUCCUGAGAAAGGCGAUGCCUGGCUUAAAGGCUCUGCUCUUAUGCUAUUCGACUAUUUUGCAUGCAGUGUAUCACUUGUUCUUCAGGUAUUGCGUCAAUGGUGUCCCUUGUGUUGUCACAUGUAUCGCUUUUGAUGUAAAAAGAAUGGUUGGGUAUUUUAUGGAUAUUGUUGUAAGAAGAUUAUUUAUAUAAUUUGUGAAUAUUUGUGUA